AUGGCACUCUUCGAAGUGUUUGGGCAAGAAAACAAAUUAAAAAAGCCUAAAGGAGACUUGAGCACAGGGGAGGUGACUCAGGAGAUCCGUCCUCCGGUGGAGAUGUCCUAUGGAGGAAUGCUUGUCAGGGAGCUAUCCUCCUUGGUGAGCGGUGCUCCGGGGAUAUUGUCAGAUAUCGAUGAAUGUACAAGCUCGCCGUGUCAGAAUGAAGGGACUUGUCAGGAUUCAGUGAAUGGGUUCAACUGCUCUUGUAUGACAGGCUACAAUGGAAAACAUUGCCAAACAGAUAUCGACGAAUGUGCAAGCUCGCCGUGUCAGAAUGAAGGUACCUGUCAGGAUUUGGUCAAUGGAUACAACUGCUCUUGUAUCACUGGUUACAAUGGAACGCAUUGCCAAACAGAGGUACCUGGAUGCACCCAUUCAACCUGCAUCAACGGACAAUGUAUCGAUGGGAUAGCGGGAUCAGUUUGUGACUGUGAACCUGGUUGGACUGGAGAAAACUGCGAUGCUGAUAUCGACGAAUGCGCAAGCUCGCCGUGUCAGAAUGAAGGUACCUGUCAGGAUUUGGUCAAUGGAUACAACUGCUCUUGUAUCACUGGUUACAAUGGAACGCAUUGCCAAACAGAGGUACCUGGAUGCACCCAUUCAACCUGCAUCAACGGACAAUGUAUCGAUGGGAUAGCGGGAUCAGUUUGUGACUGUGAACCUGGUUGGACUGGAGAAAACUGCGAUGCUGAUAUCGACGAAUGCGCAAGCUCGCCGUGUCAGAAUGAAGGUACCUGUCAGGAUUUGGUCAAUGGAUACAACUGCUCUUGUAUCACUGGUUACAAUGGAACGCAUUGCCAAACAGAGGUACCUGGAUGCACUAAUUCAACCUGCAUCAACGGACAAUGUAUCAAUGGGAUAGCGGGAUCAAUUUGUGGCUGUGAACCCGGUUGGACUGGAGAAAACUGCGAUGCUGAGUUACCUGGAUGCACCAAUUCAACCUGCAUCAACGGACAAUGUAUCGAUGGGAAAGUGGGAUCAGUUUGUGGCUGUGAACCCGGUUGGACUGGAGAAAACUGCGAUGCUGAUAUCGAAGAAUGUGCAAGCUCGCCGUGUCAGAAUGGAGGGACUUGUCAGGAUUCCGUCAAUGGAUACAACUGCUCUUGUAUGACAGGUUACAAUGGAACGCAUUGCCAAACAGAGGUACCUGAAUGCACCAAUUCAACCUGCAUCAACGGACAAUGUAUCAAUGGGAUAGCGGGAUCAGUUUGUGGCUGUGAACCCGGUUGGACUGGAGAAAACUGCGAUGCUGAUGAUACGCAACAGAUGAGUGCCUGCGUAGACAUACCCAUCGCGUAUCUAACCAUUGCAACGCGGAUGACGUGCUUGCACUCAUGUUACUUUGAAGAAGAAAUAAAAUAA